AUGCACUCGUACUCGGUGAGGGCCAACAAUGUGCUCUCUUUCGCGGUGUCGGUGUGGAUGGUGCUGUGCGCCAUGGCGACGGCGUCGGACUUCUUCCACAAGGCGGAUCCCGUCGUGAGCGUCAAGCUCGCCAAGGUGGAGCGCUUCCUUCGCGUCGGCCGCAACGACGAGGCGCACCUCGCGUUCGAGAUCGACGCCGAUCUCACCUCCGUCUUCUCGUGGAACACCAAGCAGCUCUUCGUGUGGCUCGCCGCGGAGUACUCGACGCCCAAGCACGUGAAGUCCUCGGUGAGCGUGUGGGACCGUAUCGUGGAGAGCAAGGAGGACGCGCACCUCGUGCUGCCGUUCGUCAGGAACAAGUAUAAGCUCGUGGACAACGGCGCGGGGCUGAGAGGGAACGUCGUCAACCUGACGAUGGGGUGGCAGAUCAUGCCGAGGGUCGGGGUGCUGCGGAAGGAUAACGUGACGUUUCCGGCCGCGUUUACGCUGUCAGAGGAGUACCCGGAGCCGCCGCAGCCGCAGCAACGGCGGACCGGGGUGUACGCGCACCCUCGAUGA